ACAACCCAUGGUUGAUCAGCACGGCCGGUCUUACGUCCUUGAGCUGACCUUGGAGUCGGGGUCGUGCCUGAGAGAAAAUCAUGGGGUCAAUCAAUCAAUCAAUAGUCAUUGCUGGGAAAUUGUUUUGUGCUUCUCGAAUUUCUGGUUGUUUUGGAGCAUGAGAUCACUGAGAUACGUUUUAAAAUGGAUCCAUGGCAGAUAGUGGCUUUUUGGCGAGAGGCAUCAUGAGUGCCGGUCACGAUGGACCGUUGACUGAUCAAAAUUUAUACCCGCGCCCGGUCCAUGCAGUCGCAGUCGUGCUAGGGGAGAACAUCUUCAUUACAGCAGCACUCCUCUGCACUGGGCUAGGACGAAGCGUCACGAGACCCCCGAGCAAAGAAUCCCACUGCCUUCAUGACGGUCUUAUGCUUCGCGCGCGGCGAAACCAUCGAUAUCUUCCCUAUUUAUCCAUAUUAAUAGCAACGGCCUUAUGGAACGAGGCGGACGAACGCCUCCCAGGAAGCAGACCGGGGGGUUCGCGAGCCAAGAUCACAAUACCCUAUGCUAGCAGCCGUUCGAACAUUGCGACACGGCACCGGAUCCAAGGGAAGGAGAAAGGGGAGCGCACAAACAUCGAAAGGGGGGUGGGGAAGUGUGGUGAGAAACCUGUUAGCGUCGGCGUACUACGAGCUUAGUGCAUCGUUAGUCAGGGACCGGCGACGAGGAAGAAAGAGGGGCCGGGAUUAUGGUCUCCCUCCUGGAGUCCUCCAUCCGUGCGAUGCAAAGCUUCAAGGGAUGAGUGACGGAAAA